GACCCCGCUCACUCCGCCCGGAGACCUGCCGGGACGGCUGCGGUGCGCGGGGAGCCGGUGCGGAAAGUGACACCGCGCCACCUUGCCUUGCGUACCCCCGGCCUCCGCCCUGGCUAGAGGACGGCAGGCGUUUGGAGCAUGUGAAUGCACUCUGAGCCUUGAUGAGUUCCAGCAUGUGGUAUAUUAUGCAGAGCAUUCAGAGCAAAUACUCUCUCUCAGAACGCCUAAUCCGAACCAUCGCUGCCAUCCGCUCCUUCCCUCAUGACAAUGUAGAGGACCUCAUCAGAGGGGGAGCGGAUGUGAACUGCACCCACGGCACCCUGAAGCCCCUGCACUGUGCCUGCAUGGUGUCAGAUGCUGACUGUGUCGAGCUCCUCCUGGAGAAAGGAGCUGAGGUGAAUGCCCUGGAUGGUUACAACCGGACAGCCCUCCACUAUGCAGCAGAGAAGGACGAGGCUUGUGUGGAGGUGCUGUUGGAGUACGGGGCGAACCCCAAUGCGCUGGAUGGCAACAGAGACACCCCCCUUCACUGGGCCGCCUUCAAGAACAACGCGGAGUGUGUGCGGGCCCUGCUAGAGAGCGGGGCUGCUGUCAACGCCCUGGAUUACAACAACGACACGCCGCUCAGUUGGGCUGCCAUGAAGGGCAAUCUGGAGAGCGUCAGCAUCCUGCUCGACUAUGGUGCCGAGGUCAGAGUCAUCAACCUGAAAGGCCAGACACCUAUCUCCCGCCUGGUGGCUCUGCUAGUCAGGGGCCUCGGGACUGAGAAAGAGGACUCCUGCUUUGAGCUUCUGCACAGAGCAGUGGGACACUUUGAAUUAAGGAAAAAUGGCAGCAUGCCACGCGAGGUGGCCAAGGACCAGCAGCUGUGCGAAAAGCUGACUGUGCUGUGCUCAGCCCCAGGAACCCUCAAAACUCUUUCCCGCUAUGCGGUGCGCCACAGCCUGGGACUGCAGUACCUGCCAGAUGCGGUGAAGGGCCUUCCGCUGCCGGCUUCCUUGAAGGAGUAUCUGUUGCUUAUAGAAUAGCCCACAAGGACUUGCACCAGCACGCGGCGAUUCUAGGGGAGGCCUGCCCGGCAGUGCCUUCCUUCUGCAUGGAAAACAGAAAAGCGUCUGUUCCAGCGGUGGUUCACAGGCUUCAAGGCAGUGUGUCACAGUGGUGACCUUCACCCCGCCUCCCUCCCUGUACCAGGCAACCAAACCAAAAUCCCUCAUCUCUGUGUGCUCUUUAUUGCUUACUUGGAUUUGUUUAGCUUGCACUCUGCGGAAUAAGAGGGCUCCCCUGUGCUGCCCUUUAGGGAAGAGUCAAGAGCACACCUGAGUCUCUAGGCGGGUGAACAUGCGUGUGUGGCCUUCCCGGGCGGUGGGGCGUGAGGUAGCGUUUCAGGGGAAGCCUUUCUGAGCUUUUAAUGGACGUGUGGAAAAAGAGAAUUACAGUUCCAGCUACAGAUAAUCGUGCCCAAGGAUGAAGUCGCUCUAGCUCUUGUUGGUGUCGGAUUCAGAGCCGGGCAUUCAGAAAGCCUGGGGUUGUCCAUCGGUGUCAUUUCACCAGGUGGCUUGCUGCUUUCCACAUGGAAGAGCAGAUGCACGCAGCCCUAGGAACUGGAAGUCCUGAGCAUCGCAAGAUGCCGUGUUGCAGUUUUCUGCCCCUCAGUGAAGCUGAAGGAGGAUAGGCUGGCUGUCCUUCCCUUAGGGAAAACUCCCUCUUUAAGAGACCUAGGUGUUUCUCCUUCCCAUUGUCUUGGAAACUGAUUUUGCAUAAAUCUUUGGGGGAAGGGGAAAAGAGACUAGGCAGAGAACACUUAGCUGUCCUCGCAAUGCCCCCCAGGAUCUGUGUUAGUGAAUAAUGUUCAGCCACAUCUUUCACUUUCCUGAAGGAGAUCAAGUUGUUACUGAUCCUAGAUGACCUAUAUGCAAAUUGGACCUUUUUAAAAAA